CGGCACUCGGGCGGGGGCGGCCGGGACGGGGCGGCAGGUUGCCAUGGCCACCGCGGGGCCGGCCGUGUCGCGCACGCGCGUGGGGGGCACGGAAGGGGCUGCCCGGGCUCCGGGGUCGCAGGUCUCAGGGAGUCCUGUCCUCUCUUUCGCACUUGGUUGAGUUACCGCUCCUUCUUUCUCCGUCUCCGGGGACUCCUGAAGUUCCAGCCUGUUCUGGACUUUUGCAGUUUACAAACCCUGGGAAUGAAUGAAUGAAUGAACUCCCCAGCGCGGCCACUCGUGGCGGGGCUGGACGUCCCCGGCCGCUGUUUGCCACCGACACCAUGUGGGUCCAGGUGCGGACCAUGGAUGGCAAGGAGACUCACACGGUGGACUCGCUGUCCAGGCUGACCAAGGUGGAAGAACUGAGGCGGAAGAUUCAGGAGCUGUUUCACGUGGAGCCCGGUUUGCAGAGGCUCUUCUACAGGGGCAAGCAG